AUGUUCACUGCGAAACGUCUGUUGCUAGCUGGUCGAUCGUUACGGAAUUCGACAGCUUAUUCGAUUCCAGGAAACACUUUAAUUCAUCGCAAAAAAUCGUCUGUAAUCGCACCUUCACGAGGCGAUUAUGCGAAGAUUACCGAUGACGAUGUGAGACAUUUUCAAGCCGUCUUGGGCUCAGAGAAUGUUCGUACCAGCGGCAUCGACGAAUACAACAGUGACUGGAUGAAGUGGUUCAAAGGUUCCUCAUCAUGUGUACUGCUGCCGUCGAGUGCGCAACAAGUAUCGGAUUUGCUCAAGUAUUGUUUCUCGAGACGUCUAGCUGUGGUACCGCAAGCUGGCAAUACGGGUCUUGUGGGUGGUUCAAUUCCGGUUUACGAUGAAAUUAUUCUAUCGUUGCGUAAACUCAAUAAACACUACAAGUUUGAUGCACAUUCAGGAGUUCUCGAAUGCGAUUCCGGUUUCGUAUUAGAAGAGUUGGACCAAAGACUAGAAUCAGACGGCUACAUGGUUCCGCUCGACCUUGGUGCGAAAGGCUCAUGCCUGAUCGGUGGAAACAUUUGCACCGGAGCCGGUGGUCUGAGGCUGAUUCGAUUCGGAUCACUUCACAAUCAUUUACUCGGACUGGAAGUUGUUCUGCCAGACAAGAACGGUACAAUUGUGAGAUUUGGGAGUGCGUUGCGAAAAGAUAACACAAAUUUACACAUGCAUCAUCUUUUCAUAGGCUCUGAAGGCCAAUUGGGCGUUGUGACUCGUAUAUGGAUGACAGCUGUGCCCAGAUUGCGUAGUACACAAGUUGCUCUACUCGGUCUAAGAUCGUUUGAGAAAUGCCGUGAAAUAGUCCGAAUGUCAAAGGAUCGUCUCGGUGAGGUGCUAUCUGCACUAGAGUUGAUCGAUGCAGACUCUAUGCAAUGUGUCCUACAGGAUCACACGUUUCAUAAAAUUCUCAACUCAAAUGCUCAGUUCUAUAUCCUCAUUGAAACUACUGUGACGAAUCUGAUCUAUCGAUUUCAUGCAUUGUCAGGGUCUAACGAACGUCAUGAUCAAGAGAAGUUAGCCAGUUUUCUCACUGAAGCGAUAGAUUGUGAAACUAUUAUCGAUGGAGUUCAGGCUUCAUCAAGGCAAGAAACUGAAAAUAUUUGGCGAAUCCGUGAAGCAGUUCCAGUGAUGAUCGCUCGAAGUGGCUAUGUUUAUAAACACGAUGUCUCACUCCCACUGGAAUAUUUCUACAGAUUAACUGAAGUGAUACGAGAACGACUCGCUGUGAGCAGUGAUGGUGUUGACGCGAAAGUUUUCACGUUCGGUCACAUCGGAGACGGGAAUUCGCAUUUGAAUAUUGUAACGGAACACUAUUCACAGGAAGUAGCCGAUAGGUUAUAUCCAUUUCUGUACGAUUGGGUUGUGGAACACAACGGGAGCGUGAGUGCCGAACACGGUGUUGGUCAAGUGAAACGUGAAUAUGCGAAGUACGGAAAAGGAUCUGAACUUGGCAUCGCCAAACAAUUGAAACAAAUCUUCGAUCCAAGGAAUAUUCUUUCACCUUAUAAAAUGUUCUGA